AUGAUAAAACAAUUAAUUUCCUCAAUAAUUGAAUGUGAAAAGGCUUUGGAAAACAUUAGAAUUGAGUUAAAUCAAUAGUCCUUAUUUUCCUUGAAACCCAUUAUGGAGAGAUUCGACCAACAAAAUAAAGGACACAUUACUUCUUACGAUAUACUUCAAUUUUGUUAAGACAACGAUAUUUAAUGCCAGCAUUAUGAUGCUUUUUUAUGUGUCAAAUAUUUUGAUGUUAAUAAAGAUGGCAGAGUCACUUUUGAAGAGUAUUAUGAGACCAUUAUUAUAUAGCUUUACUAUUUAAAUGCUAUCAAAAACUAAUCGCGAAAUUAGAUUUGUGGCUGCAGUCAGAGAACCUUACUUUAUUGAAAAAUAGAUGUGUUUGCCUGAAAUAAUAGAGACUGGCCUAUCUUACUUUUUUGGAGAAUUGCUAAUCUAUGUAAGGGAGCAAUUGGAAAUAAAGAUGCUUUUAGAAAAAGAAAACUUUAAUUACUUUAAACUCUUUCAACAGUUAGAUAAAAGUAAUAAUGGAAUAAUUCACAUGAAUGAUUUUUAAAAAUACUUUAAUUUAUCUCAGGAAGACACAAAUUAUUUUUUUAUGAUGGGUAAUCUCAAUGAAACUAUUGAUUAAAUUAAUUUGUUGGAUAUCUUUGUCAUAACCCAGUUGAAAUCUGAGAAUGUCAAUUAAGAUAAACUGUAGUCACCAUUAAAACAAAAUAAGUUUCAGCAAUCUAUGGAUGAAAAUGAUAAUUCAUUUCAAUCUCCUGAAUAACGAUCAACCGUUAAAUACAAAAAAGCCUAACUCAAACUUUUAAAUAGUGAAUAAACUCAUAGCAAUGCCAGUAGUGUUUUCGUCGAUGAAUUAACAAAAAAAUUAUAGGAUUUUACAUUCACUCCCAAAUCCAAUGAUAAGUUCUAAAUAGAAUUAAUUAAUUUUGACAAAGUUGCUUAUCAAUAGCUUUAUCAAUUGCUUCUAAAAUGUAAACUACUGACUAAAACAUAAUUAAAAUUGAUUCAGAGGUUUGACUUUUGUUGCAAGUCUAUUUUCAAACUAUUUGAUUACGAAAACAAAGAUUUCAUUACAGAACAAGACUUUUAUUCAGGAUUUCGAAGACAAAGAAUGCAAAUCAAAGGACUAGCAAGGGAUCUUAUAUUAAGUUAUGGUUAGGAUUCUAAAAUAAACUAUCAAUAAUUUAAAAAAUUAAUCUAUAUCGAUCAGCAAAUGGAUUCUAAUGAAACUUAAUAAAGUAAUUCUUAACUACUCAGCAAUGUUACUAUUGAUUACAUCAGGUAAUUGUUUUAAGAGCAGAUCGAUAUUGAGCAUUUUAAAAAAGCAUACAUUUAAAAUCUAUUAAAAAAAGUUAAGACCUAUGAUGAUUCUAAAAUUAUCACUAAAUAAGUUCAAGAUCUUUUUAAUAAGUACAAUGCGUUUCCGAACGAUAGAGAACUAGCAAUAUUAACAAAUUAAUUGUAAAUAUUAUAAUUUUGAUUUUAUCAAUAUAUAUAUAUUUAAACUUUAUAUUCCUGAUUAUAAUUUAGUAAAUAGCUCUACAUUCUAACCAGAUUUAAAUAUUGAAUAUGGAGACCAUUUAUGUUAAGGUUUUUGCAAUAGUAAGAACUACAAUAUAAUUCGUUUUGUUAUUAAUUAAUUAAUAAAAAUUAAUGAAGACCUUUGUUANAGAUUUGUGGCUGCAGUCAGAGAACCUUACUUUAUUGAAAAAUAGAUGUGUUUGCCUGAAAUAAUAGAGACUGGCCUAUCUUACUUUUUUGGAGAAUUGCUAAUCUAUGUAAGGGAGCAAUUGGAAAUAAAGAUGCUUUUAGAAAAAGAAAACUUUAAUUACUUUAAACUCUUUCAACAGUUAGAUAAAAGUAAUAAUGGAAUAAUUCACAUGAAUGAUUUUUAAAAAUACUUUAAUUUAUCUCAGGAAGACACAAAUUAUUUUUUUAUGAUGGGUAAUCUCAAUGAAACUAUUGAUUAAAUUAAUUUGUUGGAUAUCUUUGUCAUAACCCAGUUGAAAUCUGAGAAUGUCAAUUAAGAUAAACUGUAGUCACCAUUAAAACAAAAUAAGUUUCAGCAAUCUAUGGAUGAAAAUGAUAAUUCAUUUCAAUCUCCUGAAUAACGAUCAACCGUUAAAUACAAAAAAGCCUAACUCAAACUUUUAAAUAGUGAAUAAACUCAUAGCAAUGCCAGUAGUGUUUUCGUCGAUGAAUUAACAAAAAAAUUAUAGGAUUUUACAUUCACUCCCAAAUCCAAUGAUAAGUUCUAAAUAGAAUUAAUUAAUUUUGACAAAGUUGCUUAUCAAUAGCUUUAUCAAUUGCUUCUAAAAUGUAAACUACUGACUAAAACAUAAUUAAAAUUGAUUCAGAGGUUUGACUUUUGUUGCAAGUCUAUUUUCAAACUAUUUGAUUACGAAAACAAAGAUUUCAUUACAGAACAAGACUUUUAUUCAGGAUUUCGAAGACAAAGAAUGCAAAUCAAAGGACUAGCAAGGGAUCUUAUAUUAAGUUAUGGUUAGGAUUCUAAAAUAAACUAUCAAUAAUUUAAAAAAUUAAUCUAUAUCGAUCAGCAAAUGGAUUCUAAUGAAACUUAAUAAAGUAAUUCUUAACUACUCAGCAAUGUUACUAUUGAUUACAUCAGGUAAUUGUUUUAAGAGCAGAUCGAUAUUGAGCAUUUUAAAAAAGCAUACAUUUAAAAUCUAUUAAAAAAAGUUAAGACCUAUGAUGAUUCUAAAAUUAUCACUAAAUAAGUUCAAGAUCUUUUUAAUAAGUACAAUGCGUUUCCGAACGAUAGAGAACUAGCAAUAUUAACAAAUUAAUUGUAAAUAUUAUAAUUUUGA